GAUUGUUAUUUGACGUUUAUGUCAUGCAAAGUAAAGUAUCGUGGGAUUUGGAAGAUAGUUGAAUCUUUUUAUAAUUUGCAAAUUUCCCGUGUCUCGUUGUAAAUAAAGUUGUUAAUAGAUAUAUUUAGGUAGAACGUAGAAAAAUAAAUUUGAACCCAUCAUGUCCACACCUGCCCGAAGACGUCUUAUGAGAGAUUUCAAAAGAUUACAAGAAGACCCGCCUACGGGUGUAAGUGGUGCUCCUACAGAUAAUAACAUAAUGAUAUGGAAUGCAGUAAUUUUCGGACCUCACGAUACCCCUUUUGAAGAUGGAACUUUCAAGUUAACCAUCGAGUUUACGGAAGAAUAUCCCAAUAAACCACCGACAGUUAGAUUUGUAAGUCAUAUGUUUCAUCCCAAUGUCUACGCAGACGGCGGUAUAUGUUUAGAUAUUUUACAAAACAGAUGGAGCCCUACUUACGAUGUUUCUGCUAUAUUAACCUCGAUUCAAUCUUUGUUGAGUGAUCCGAAUCCUAAUUCUCCGGCUAAUUCAACAGCUGCGCAACUAUACAAAGAAAAUAGAAGGGAAUAUGAGAAGCGAGUUAAGGCGUGUGUAGAACAAAGCUUCAUCGAUUAGCAUUUUAAACGUAUCUGUCAGAUUAUUUAUAUACAUAUAUAUAUAUUUGAAACUGGUUCUUAUUAUCGUGCUUCAAAAUUACAGCUACACCUUCCGCCUUUACAGUAAUUAGUGUUAAUCUUUUUUUUCUCUCUCUCUCUCUAUCUCUCCAUUGACUAUUAUUUGGAAUAAAAUUUAUUUAAAACAAUAACGGCUUGGAUCUUUAUACAGGUAUACCUCGGAAAAUUUCUAUAGUUUCGGAUCUUUUGGAACAUCCUGUAUUUUUUAUGAAAUGCAGGUACAAACGGUCGAUUAAUAAUUUUUGGUUGGGUGUGAUUAAUAUAUAUGUUGGAAAAGAUUCAACAUAAUUUAAUUUUUUAAGGAGAAUUUAAUUGUAAUUUAAACCUCCUUUUUAAAAUUAGUCGAACAACAGAUGAAAUAGUUUUUUGUGUGAAAUGUAUUUUUGUAUGAAGCUACUGGGAAUUAAUUUUUCGAUUUUUUUUAAAUUAUAUUCUAAUACUUUUUUUUUUGUUUUUUGUAUUAAAUCGCCCACUGUUUCCGUACUGCCUAUUUUCAGUUUCAUUAGGUAGUUAGAUGUGUUAUAAUUAAAAAUACUUAAAUAAAUUAUUAUAAUUGA